UAAAGGGGCUGAGAGGCCAAAGCAGGAGGAAGCUGUGGAGACCGGGCAUGAUGUGGAGCUUGCUGUGUCUGACCCUCCUCUUCGUUGGGUGUACCGCUGCUGGAACCCCAGAACCUGUGUCUGAGGAUGUACUGGUGGGCAUUGUGGGGGGUAGCAGCGCCCCACAGGGGAAGUGGCCAUGGCAGGUCAGCCUAAGGAUCUACAACUACCACGCGGCCUCCUGGAUGCACAUCUGUGGGGGCUCCAUCAUUCACCCACAGUGGGUGCUGACUGCUGCCCACUGCAUUCGCAAGAGAGAUGCUGACCCCUCAUCCUUCCGGAUCCAUGCUGGGGAUGUCUACCUCUAUGGGGGCAAGGAGCUGCUGAGAGUGAGCCAGGUCAUCAUGCACCGGGACUAUGUCGAUGCUGGCUUGGGUUCAGAUGUGGCCCUGCUCCGGCUGGAGAACCCCCUGGACUGCUCUACCAACAUCAAGCCUGUCAGACUGACCUCUGGGUCUCUCGAGAUCAACGAGAAGGAUGAGUGCUGGGUGACUGGCUGGGGUACAGUGAGCACGUACGCACCACUGCCUCCUCCCUACCGCCUGCAACAGGUGCAGGUGAAGAUAGUGGACAAUGACCUUUGUGAGGAGUUCUACCACAAAGCCUCCGGCCACCGCAAUCGUGAUCGGAGAAUCAUCCUACAGGACAUGUUAUGCGCAGGCAGUGAGGGCCGAGACUCCUGCUAUGGUGACUCAGGUGGCCCCCUGGUCUGCAGGGUGGCAGGCUCCUGGAACUUGGUGGGAGUGGUGAGCUGGGGCUACGGCUGUGCCCAGAGAGACAUCCCUGGGGUCUAUGCCCGCGUGCAGUCCUUCCUGCCCUGGAUCACUGGUCAGAUAAAGAAGUUCUCCUAAGACCAGCUGCUGGCCUCAUGCUGGUCAGCUGACGACGGCUCAGCUUUCGUUACGAUUCCCGGAUGGCCGUGCAGGGCUUAGGCUCUGGAGCACUGGUGCCCAGUGUGCUAAGCACUAGCUACUGAAGGACACGGCGCUAUUUCCUGGCUUCUUUA